CCACCACCACCACCAAUACAAACAGCAAUGCCGUCCACCACAUCGCAAAAGACCCUGGGAGGCAUCAUUGCCGCCGUGCCCACGCCCUUUACCGCUGAUGGAAGCCAGGUCGACGUCGACAACAUCCAUGCCCAGGUUGAGCGACUCGUCAAGGCCGGCAUCCACGGCGUCGUCACCACGGGUACGACGGGCGAGUUCCCUGCGCUGACACCCGACGAGCACAAGCUCGUCGUCAAGACCUAUGUCGAGGCCGCACAGGGCCGUAUUCCCGUCGUUGCCGGUGUCGGUGCCAACUCGACCCGGGCAGCCAUUGACUUUGUUCAGCACGCUCAAUCGGUGGGCGCCGCCGCCGUCAUGGUCGUCCCUCCAUUCUACGACCCACUGGACUUUGACAGCCUCGUGGCCUUCUACAAGGACGUCACCGCGUCCAUCGACAUCCCGCUUAUGUACUACAACCUGCCCCACGCCACCGGUGUCCACCUCAAGGCCGACGAGAUCCGCACGCUGGGCAGCAUCAAGGGUCUCGACUACCUCAAGGACACGUCGGGCAACGCAAAGGAACAAGUCGACCUGCUCACCAACCCACCCGCCGAUGUGACCGUCUUCAACGGCUGGGACACCCUCACCUUUUCCUCGAUGGCCCUGGGCGCAAAGGGCGGCGUCUGGGGCGUCGCCUCCAUCGUGCCCGAAGAGGCAGCCGAGUUCUGGGAGACGUUUGCCGUCAAGGGCGAUCUCGUCAAGGCGCGCGAGCAGUGGAAGUUCCUCUGGGCCGUCAGCAGCUUCCUCGAGUCGGUCAACUACGCCGCGGGUAUCAAGGCCGGCCUCGACAUCGUCGGUUUCCCCGCUGGCCCGACGCGGGCCCCCACCCAAGGCCUCGGCAGUAAGGACAUCGAGCGGUUCCGCCAGAUUCUCGCACAGCGCAAGCACAAGUAGCGUGGUUGCUAUCAGCUGCCUCUUCAUACACACUUUCUUAUAUCUCUUCUUGUCAUUCUUUCUCUCAAUUCAAUCGUGCU